UGCAUCACCUACCGUUAACUGGGAUAAUCGUCAUGGGUCGUUUCCCCGUGCCGAUGCUUGGGGAGGUAGUCGUAGUGAAAUGGGGUAUUCCAGUCCUCAACGUAGUGGUUGGAGUGAUCGCGCAUCAUCUCAGGGCGAUCGCUGGAAUUCUGGUUAUCGUUCUGGAAGAUAUGCUAGUAGUCAUGGUCGUGGCGGAUCUUUUCCUGAGGAAGGGUUUAAUCGUAGAGGGGAAGAUGGCUAUGGGUCUUGGCGUGAUGGCGUUCAUAUAAUUGGCCCGAAAAAUCAACGCAUAGAACGAGAUUUGUUUGGUUCCCCGGAUGAUCCAGACCGGCAACACACUGGUAUCCAUUUCGAAAAAUAUGAUGACAUUCCAGUUGACGCUAGCGGAAAUAACGUUCCGGAAUGCGUUUCUGACUUUGCAAGCCCUCCAUUGGAUCCUCACCUUAUUACCAAUAUUGAACUUGCUCGCUAUUCAGUACCUACUCCCGUACAAAAGUAUUCUAUAUCAAUUGUUUCAUCUGGUCGUGAUCUUAUGGCAUGUGCCCAAACUGGCUCGGGGAAAACUGGAGGUUUCUUAUUCCCGAUUUUGUCCGAACCAUUCAAACAUGGGCCUGCGCCGCCUCCUCCAGAACAACCUGGCUACACCCGUGGGAUGUCUCGUGGUCGUAAGGCUUACCCAGUCUGUCUUGUUCUUGCGCCUACCCGUGAAUUAGCUUCUCAAAUUUAUGAUGAGGCUCGAAAAUUUGCUUACCGUUCUUGGGUAAGGCCCUGUGUUGUGUAUGGUGGUGCCGAUAUUAAUUCUCAAUUGCGGUUAAUUGAUCGCGGUUGUGAUCUUCUAACUGCCACCCCUGGACGUCUUGUUGAUUUAAUUGAGCGUGGCCGAGUGAGCUUAUCUCAAACUCGAUAUUUAGUUCUCGAUGAAGCAGAUCGUAUGUUAGACAUGGGUUUUGAACCUCAAAUUCGUCGUAUCGUUGAGAAAGAAGAUAUGCCUGGCGUCGAAGAUAGGCAAACACUUAUGUUUAGUGCCACCUUCCCUCGGGAUAUUCAAAUACUUGCUCGGGAUUUUUUAAAAGAUUAUGUUUUCUUGAGCGUUGGACGUGUUGGCAGUACGAGCGAAAAUAUCACACAAAAGAUAGAAUAUGUAGAAGAUGAAGAUAAGCGAUCAGUUCUCUUAGAUAUUCUUCACGCUCAGUCGGAAAGCGGACUCACAUUAAUCUUUGUGGAAACUAAGCGCAUGGCCGAUAUGUUAUCAGAAUUCCUCAUAAAUUCGGGUUACCCGGCCACGUCAAUUCACGGAGAUCGAUCACAACGUGAACGCGAACGUGCAUUAGAAUCCUUCCGCACAGGUCGUACCCCCAUCAUGGUGGCGACUGCAGUUGCUGCUCGUGGAUUGGAUAUUCCAAAUGUUACUCAUGUUAUCAAUUAUGAUUUACCCACCGACAUCGAUGAUUAUGUACACCGUAUUGGUCGUACAGGUCGUGCUGGUAACCUUGGUCAAUCAACAGCAUUUUUCAAUCGUGGUAACAAGGGUUUGGUAAGAGAGUUGAUUGAACUAUUAAAGGAGGCUAAUCAAGAAAUACCUCUUUGGUUAGAAAAUGUGGCGAAAGAAACUAUGAGUUAUGGAAAUUCCACACGUGGAGUUGGACGAGGAGGUCGUAGUCGAGGUCAAAGCCGUGAUUAUCGCAAAUUUGGUAGCAGCAGCGAGCGAGGUACCUAUGGGGCUAGUCAAGACUUUUACUAUGGUGGCGCCAGUUACGGAGGUGGAUAUGGUGGUGGAAGUUAUGGUUCCUCAACCAAGCCAAGCAAUGAGCGUGAAUAUUGGGGUGUUGUUUAUACCAUUAUCGAUAAUAGGUAG